UAUCUAUAUACUAGUAUAAUUUUUUAAAAAAAUUUGGAUUAAUUUAAACUUAAUAAAUUAAAUAAUUAAAUUAAACCUUAUUUUGAUUAAUUAAAUUAUUUCAUAAUAUAAAUAGAUUAAUAAAGAAGAAAACAGUUAAAUAAAUUAAGAAAAUGAAAAGGGAUGUAAUUAAUUUCAAAAAUAACUAUAUGAAGUAGUAAUUAAAAUCUAAAAUCAGAAAUUAAAGCAAUUAUCUCUGUAUUAUUUUGCUAGGAUCUUUACAUGUUGUGAUAUAAUAUUAUACCGGUCGUUGUUUGUUUUAGUUGGGUUUUUUUUUAAGUUUUAGUUUAAUUUUCUUACUUUGCUUCUUUCUAUCCAUUAAUUUUCUCAUUUUUUUUUAUUUUGUAACAGCUUAAAACUAAAUAAUUUAUAUGUACAGUGGCAUUAAAACUAUAAUGACUAGUUCCUCCAAAAAUAUCUUUAAAUAAUUCGGAUAAUUUUCACCAAUGAUCCUCCUAUUUUAAUUUCUCUUCCAACUGUCACUAAAGUUUAAAAGAUAUUCCACCGUCAUAUAUUUUAAAUUUAUAUCUCGACCGUCUUUAAAAUUUGAAAUGUAUCUCAACCAUCAUGUACUACAAAUUUAAAUCCCUAUUGUCCCUGCCUCAAUUUUUUUAAACACCGUCAAAUUUCGCUGAUAUGGUUCGUGGCUUGAUAUUCAAAAUAUAAUAUAAUAAUUUAUUAAUUUGAAAAAGGCAUUCUAUCCAAUAAGGCGUAUACUUCGGAUCUUGGUUGGACGGAAUGGAAAAUAUUUUCGAUAAAUAGAAGUACGUCUUGUUUAUUAACAUCUCGGAAAUAUUCCGCCAUAGUUAGGGUAGUUAAUACGUUUUAAAUUUUAGGCGGUUUGAAAAAAUUCGGGGACCAUUAAUGAAAAUUAUCCAAAUGAUUAAUAUUUUAUUUUCUCCCAAAUUGAACAACUAGCCAAGCUAGCAUGGUUUUAUUGUUUAAUUUUUCUGUUAUUUUAUUGCAUAAGUUGCUCAAUUAUUUGUAGCUGUGGCACAAUACCUCAUGUCUGAACUGUACAUGUAACACCCUCCAUUUUCCAUUUAAAUAUGGCAGAUAUGAGUUUCCAAGAAAUUGAAUAAUUUAAAUAAAACAACCCGUUUAUUAAUUUGUCAAAAAUAAUUCUCACUAAACAUGGAAAAUCCAAACUUAACCACACCCCUAUAAUUAACCAACCAUAGCAGAAAAUACAAAAAACCACCCUGCCAUUCCCCUCCAUAUGGAAAAUUCACCCUUUACUCCAUUCUCCUCUAUCUCCCGCCGCCCUGCCGCCGCCGCCCGCCGCCAUAAAAAUAAUUAAAUAAUACAAUGUCAUCAUUUUUUCUGUAAUCUAAAAUCAUUACAUGUCUUGAAAACCUUGAUUUUUUAUUCUUUUAAAUUUUUUUGGGCACGGUGAUUGUGCUAGAGAAUAUAUUAAACAUAACACAUUACAAAUUCAAAGAAAAUGGCAGCAAUGGCAGCAAUAAGAGUGGAACAAUUAAGAGACAUAUUCGAUCGUUUCGACAUGGAUUCCGAUGGGAGCCUCACCGUUUUAGAACUCGCAGCAUUGUUAAGAUCAUUAGGGCUCAAGCCUUCAGGUGAUCAAAUUCAUGUCCUAUUAGCAAACAUGGAUUCAAAUGGAAAUGGAUCAAUAGAAUUUGAUGAAUUGGUUAGCGCAAUAUUACCCGAUAUGAGCGAAGAAAUUUUCGUAAAUCAGGAACAACUUCUAGACAUAUUUCAAUUGUUUGAUCGUGACGGUAACGGGUACAUUAGCUCCGCGGAGCUAGCGGGAUCAAUGGCUAAAAUGGGACAACCGUUAACGUAUAAAGAGCUUCGAGAGAUGAUGAAAGAAGCAGAUACAGAUGGUGAUGGUGUCAUUAGUUUUCAUGAAUUUACUUCUGUAAUGGCAAAGUCAACCAUGGAAUUCUUAGGCUUGACUUUUUCUUGACCGAUUGAUGGUAUGUCGUGACGAAGAGCUUAUUGUAAUUAUUUUCAUAUCAUUAAUCAUUGUUAAUUUCAUUAA